AGGCCAUUCAUUUACGGCAUCGGUCUGAGAACUCCCCCCCCCCCCCUUUAGAACCGAGCUACUCCGAUCAGCGGCGUGACAAAGCAAUAGGAGGUAAGCUAUUCAUGAGGGAAGCGAGUCAGUGCAUAACCCUCACCUGUGCUAUGGGAUUCUGUGACGUGCUUUUCUUCUGGACCUCACCCGCUGAUCAAGAGGGGCGGUGGAAACGGGUCCAUGGAUUUCCUGUCUGAUCGUCUUUGGGUACUCCCUCCAUUAAACUUGACCUUUUUUGCCAAUUGAGUUGGAAGUUUGUCUUGAUUAACCACACCUCCUGCAUCUCUCGCCUUCCAUCCCAGACGAUCCACAAUUGUCUAUCAGCGCACUUUACGUCUUAUAGUUGAUGACACCAUGGUAAAGGUAUACCAGACGUAUCUGAACGGAACUCGAAUAUACACCUGCACCACCUGUCAUUCGCACUUGGCGCUACAUGAAGAUAUUAUAUCAAGAGCUUUUCAUGGACGGCAUGGUGCCGCCUAUCUGUUUGAUAACGUGGUCAAUGUCUCGUUGGGAGCUAAAGAGGAAAGAAUGCUCAUGACGGGUAUGCAUUCUGUGGCGGAUAUUUAUUGCAACAUUUGCCAUACGACUGUCGGCUGGAAAUACGUAUUUGCGUUUGAAGAAAGUCAAAAGUACAAGGAAGGCAAAUACAUUGUGGAGAAGAGCAAGAUUGCAAAGGAGAACGAUUGGGACGAAGUCGACUCCUAGUCAAUUCGCUCUCGUCCUGUCACUCUUUCCAAUAUGUAUAUACCUAUGACUUCCUCCUCUUCGCU